AUGAAAAUCAUCAUCACAGGCGCCACAGGCUUCGUCGGAAGCGAGGUGGUCCGACAGGCGAUUGCAGAUGAGGGGAUCACGCAAGCAUUCGUCCUCACUCGCAAGCCGCUACCCGAGGACCUCUCAAAGAGUACGAAACUAACCAUAAUCGAACACAAGGACUUUUCCACCUAUCCGCCUGAGCUUUUAGCGCAGCUCGCCGGCGCAGAGGGUUGCGUUUGGGCCAUCGGGGGCCGCGCCACGCAGUUUCCGGACGUGGAGACGGCACGGAAAGUCUCGGUCGACUACACCCUCGCUGCGGCGAAAGCCUUUAGCGAGCUGGCGUCGAAGCUGCCGGAGGGGUCCCAAAAAUUCCGAUUCGUCUUUUGUAGCGGGAAGUUUGCCGAGUGGGAUCAGAACAAGAACUUGAAGAUGAUGAAGGGUACUCGGCUUAUCAAGGGACAAGUCGAGAAAGGUCUUUUCGAUAUCGCGGAGGCCAACGAGGAUACGAUCGAGGUUUGGGCCGUGCGACCCGGUGGAAUCGUGAAAAAGUACGCCGGGCUGAUAAACGCACUUACUGCUAACACGAGCGGGUUCAUUGCGGUGGAUCAUCUUGCCAGGGCUAUGCUGAAGAUCGUGCUUAAUGGUCACGCAAAUCGGAUUAUCGAAGCUAAUGAACUGUUGAAGAUCUGA